UCAUCUACAUGAAUAUUAUUGAUAUUAUUGAUGCUUAGCUUUUUUAAUGGUAUUUAAUCUUAAUCUCCCUAGUCCCCUAGAGAUGAAUUCCUGCCUCCGCCCCCUGGACACAGAGGUGGCUGAGAGAAAAGGUUGCAAAGCUGCAGGGGGACAGAGGUGGCAGAGGUUCUUUAUAGUGUUUAUAGAUAGAUUAAUUUUUUUUGAAUGGAUACAGGUUUCAUUUGAAAAAGUGCCGAUGCCUAAAGCAUACAACCAUAAUAGUGGGCUAAGGCCCAGGACACAACUGAUAGAUUUCUCAUUGAUGCAACCCCAAAACCAUAAUCUCAAAAGAUGCCACUGACGGCUAGAAAUCCCAGACUCAAUGAAGCUCCUCCUUGUUUCAUUCACCGCCACCCUCAAAACCUUUCGCCACAUGGUCCGAUACGGCGUGUCGCCGCCGAAGGUCAACGGUUACAACAACGUCAUGAUCCGCGGCUUCUCCGCCGCUGGGAACUUAAAAUCAGGAGGGAAGACGGUGGCGGAAGUGUUUGGGUUGUUGGAAGCAACGACUGAGAAGGGUUUGGUCCCUGAUGCGAUGGCUUUUACGUCUGAGAUUGGUUUGAUGUUCCAUUGGUUAAAGCCAGACAAGGCUUCUAAGGUUUACUGUCAAAUGAUUGAUAGUGGGGUUACGCCCACCGUUGAUACAUACAAAACGCUUGUAGAUGGAUAUUGCUCUUACAAUAUGGCUGAUGAGGCUUUGGUGAUUUUGAGGGACAUGGCUGAGAGGGGUUUCUCCCUUCAUGCUAGUUUGGGAUCUGUUAUAUCCGCGCUUUGCCGUGUGGAGCAGCUGGAUAAGGCGUUUGAAUUGAAGAUGGAGAUGUUUGAGAAGAAGGGCAUCUUGCCUGAUAAUAACGGGUAUUCGGCGCUUAUAUUGGGACUGUACCAGCAGGGAAGACUGUCGGAAGCUUUGGAUCUCUUCCGAGAGAUGGUGCGCAGCGGUGUGUUGCCAGAUGAGUAUACUUAUUCUCUCUUGAUGGAUACUUGUCGUCUUACAGGUGAAUUCAGUAAGGCUUUUCAUUUGCAUGAUGAAAUGAUACAGAAGAGUUUGACUGAUUUUGUUACUGGUUUUUCACCGUUUGUUGUUACCUACAACGCGCUUAUUCAUGGGUAUUGCUUUUUGGGGAGGUUUGUGGAGGCUAUGGGGAUUUUGAGGGGCAUGGCUGAGAUGGGUUUGCCCCCUGAUGCUGUUAGUUAUAGCACUGUUAUAUCCUGGUUUCACCGAAACCGGGAGCUGGGGAAGGCGUAUGAAUUGAAGGUGGAGAUGGAUGAGAAGGAUAUUUGGUGGUUGGAUGAAAACACGCGUGAAUCACUUAUGAAAGACCUGUCGGAUGUGGAUACUUAUACUAGUGUGAUGAAUGAUUAUUUUGCUGAAGGUAAGUUGGAAAUGGUUUAUAAAUUGCAUAAUGAGUUGAGUGAAUCUGAUUUUUUGUCAUAUUCUGUUAAGUAUAGUGUGUUAAUUAAUGGACUUCAUAAGAAAGCCACGACAAGAGAUGCUAAGAAGCUUCUUCUGGAGACAAUUGAUCUUGCGUGUUUGAUUAUCCCAACUUAUAUAGUACAUGAUAUUCUGAUAGAGAACUGCAGUAAUAAUGAUUUUAGGAGUGUGGUAGGGCUUAUCAAAGGUUUCCUCACGAGGGAUUUAGUGUAUGAAGCAGCCAGAGCUCAUGACACAAUGCUUGAGGGGAAUUAUAAGCUAGAGGGGGCAGUUUAUAAUGUAUUAAUAUAUGAUCAUUGUAGAUCUGGUAAUGUUUGUAAGGCGUAUGAUAUGUACAAGGAGAUGGUGCAUUAUGGUUUUGCUUCUCAUAUGUUCUCUGUACUUGCUCUUAUUAAGGCUCUAUAUUAUGAUGGAAGUUACCAUGAGAUGAGUUGGGUGAUUCAAAAUACUUUGAGGAGCUGUAAUCUCAAUGAUUCUGAGCUAAUUGAAGUACUUAAUGAAAUUGACGUGAGGAAACGUGAAAUUGAUGCUCUUUUGGAUGUACUAGCUGAAGUAGCCAUAGAUGGCCUGUUACUUGAUGGUGUAAAAGUGCAUGAUCGCUUCACUCUCUCUACAAUUAUUGUCUUCUUGAUUUUAAUCCUAAGAGGUCUCCAAGAGAUCUUUCGUUUUUGAAGUAGUUUCUUCUGCUAUGAGGUAUUCUGCUGUUUGGACUUUGGAUGUGACAAUUUCAGACCUAUUGUAAUUGAUUUUGUUCAUAUGUUUAAGACCUAUUGUUAUUUGUUCUUAAGACCUAUUGUUAUUGGUUUUGUUGCUACAACAUUAGAGCUAUGAUGUUAAAGCUUAGUUUUAUUGUUUCAAAUAGGUGUAACUGUGUAAGUUUAUUUUUGGAAAUGCAGUGGUAUGCAUGUUGUAUGUUUUGUUAUUGGAA